GUUAUUUACGAUGAAACGCUUAAGUAAUAUUGUAGUGUGAUUAGGGUAAAAUGGUUUUGUAUUUGUUUUUUAGUGUGUUUGUGUUUUUAUUAUCUGUGGACUGUAAUUCGAGGUCGGAAGAAGGCUACCCUAGAGGAUUUAUGUCAGUAUGUCCAGGGUCAACGAAGCCAGCGUCGAUUCCUAGGAGUCAGCUGAAGUACCUCUACUUCGUAGUGCAAGGGAAGGGAAGAACGCGACAAACUUACAACUACUGGGAUGCCAAGAACAUCGCUACAGACCCUAGGAUAGACUUUCGUAGAAAAACGAUGGUGGUGGCUAUUGGAUACCUGGAUAGCACAGCCUUCCCAAUUUCCGCAAUGUUCGCAAACGAAUACGAAGCGAGGGGUUACAACGUGAUCCUUAUUGACAACCAGCGUUUUGCAACCGUACAUUAUUACUUAGCGUCGCGCCUGAUGCGUCCAGUUGGCAAACACGUAGCAGAAAUAUUAGUGGAAUUAACAAAAGCUGGUCUAGACCCAGCCAAAACCGAGCUCAUAGGCUUCAGCCUAGGUGGGCAGACCGUCAGCUACAUAGCAAGAAACUACCAAAACAUGAUAGGGAAGAACAUAUCCAGAAUAACGGCUUUAGAACCAGCUGGACCAUGUUUCAGGACUUUAUCAUCUCGAGAGAGAUUAGAUGCAUCAAAUGCUGACUUCGUUCAAGUAAUACAUACUAAUAUUGACGGAUAUGGAAUGGCUACUAGGAUGGGGCAUGUGGAUUUCUAUGUAAAUGGCGGAGAAUUCCAACCAACGGACUUAAAUUUAUUCCCCUGUACUUCGACUUGUAGCCAUUUCAGAGUAUUGACGCUUUGGCUAUCAGCUAUGAAGAAUCCUAGGAAGUUUAUAGCUAUAAAGUGCAAUAGCAUACAGGAAGCAAGAGACGCUGCGUGCUACAAUGAACAUCCAGUCACGAAUAUUAUGGGUGACGGUGUCAAUGUCAACAAUCAUGGGAUAUUUUACUUGUCAACAAGUAAAAUGUUUCCCUACUAUUUGGGAAAAAAUGGAUUAAAGCCGGAAUACGCCUCAUGGAGAAGAAUAAGUGAUAUCAAUGAGGGUAAUGAAACGGAAGUAUACACGUGA